UAUUAUGCCUAUAUAAAUUGACUAAAUUGAGCAUAAAUUAAAUCCUAAUGAUUACAGUAAAAGGAGAUCACAAUUUUAACAAUUUCGUAAAAUAGUGCGAAAGCCAAUAUGAGUUUCCUCACAGUGGACCGCCAGACUCCGUCCACGAGCGCGGAAAAAGAGUCUGAAGAAAGUGAGAAGAAUGAAGAUCUCGAGGUGGACAAUUCAUCUAGCGUGCUGCUCAAGAUCGCGACCCUGUAUGCCGAGCAGCUGAUGAGCGACCUGGUGCUGGAGGUGGGAGGAGUAGGCUACCCAGCACACCGGCUCAUACUCUGCGCCAGCAGUGAGGUGUUCCAGGUGAUGCUAAUGAACCGCGAGUGGAGCGAGUGGCGUGAGAGUCGCAUAGUGCUCCAGGAGACACCUCAGGCCUCAACCGUCUUUCCACACUUUCUUAAAUAUUUCUACACGGGCCAGAUCCGUAUAUCGCAUACCACUGUGCUUCCCGUACUGUCUCUCGCUGACAAAUACAAUGUUAAGGAUCUGGUGUCACUAUGCCUUCGCUACAUGGGCUCGCACGUGGCGCAGGCGGCCAAGCGCGGCCGGCUGGUGGGCUGGAUGCAGUACACCAUGGCCUGUGGACACGCACCGGUUGCCAAGGCAUGUCAAAACUUCGUGAAAUGGAACGUGGAGUGGGUGUGGUCGGAGCAGGAGCUCGCAGAGCUCGAGGGCGAAGCCCUGCUGCACCUCCUGCAGCAGUCGGACCUCGUGCUGCACAACGAGAUGACGCUCUAUCGGUUCGUAGUGCGAUGGCUAGAAUGCCAGCGCGAGCGACUGAACACCAGCGACCUGACGGAGGCGGAGAAGAAGGCGCACUGGCUGUCGCUCGUGCCGGCCGUGUUCUCACACGUCAGAUUCCCUAUGAUGUGUCCGAACCAGUUGGCGAAAUUACUUCUUUGUCCGCUGACUCAAGAGCACAAGGAGUUCUUCAUGGAGCGUAUGGCGAUCGCCAUGAGCUACCAGUCAGGUCAAUACGAGCGCGUAGCAGAAAUCCAGCAAACGGAAGCAGGUCGCAUGUUGUUCACACCGCGGCUGUACACUGAAGACACUUGGGGUUCGGUUCUGGGCGUGGACAACUUCCACUCGCUGCCAUGCUACCACACCAGGACCUUCAUAUUCUCCAGUAAAUCGAGUAUGGGUGCGUCGUCGAGCGACCGGCUCACGGAGUGGACGGUGGACCUGUACCCGAAGGGCGUCUGGUUCAAGAAGAGCAUGCUCAUCGUGUGGUCUGGGACAUUUGAUGUGCCCGAGGUGGUGCUCCGCACGGUGCGCGUGUCCAUCACGUGCCAGAACCCGCCAGACGCGCCCGACUACGACGACCAGCAAGAGCCCGACGUGCGGGUCAAGAUCGGGCUACUAGUCUGGGGCGUGCAGAAGGGUGUGGAACAUAUCGCUUCUGUGGUGGAGAGAGUGCACAGGUUCUCUGCUCUAAAUAGGGUGCUGAACAUAGAUGGCGCGCUGGACUUCGACGAGCUGAACACGCCGCUGUACUCCCCCGCGUGCCGCCCCGCCUGCCGCGAGCCCGCGCAGGCCUCCGCCUCCUCGCAGCCGCACAAGGAGAGCUGUCCGAAAUGCAGCGAAAGGUGCGACAAUCCGGAGCCAAAGCAUCUCUUGGGGCCCAACAGGGACCAACUUAGAAUCCAAGUAGUAAUAGUGCCGCUAACGGACUACUGCCACGUCGGGACCCCCGACACGGCCACAUGACCUGCCGUCCUCAUCAGACCGAGGCGGCCUCGCACCAGACCGAGGCAAUACCGCUUAAGCUUAAACAGGGCUUGCACUAUCGACUGCGACAACAUAACAUGGGUGUUUGGAAACCGACAGUAGUGGAAACAAACCUAUUUAUUCACCUUUAUCAAAGAUAAUGAUUGUAUAAGAUUAUACUGCUAAGUCGGAACCCCCAACAUAGCCACAUGACCUGCCGUCCUCAUCAGACCGAGGCGGCCUCGCACCAGACCGAGGUAAUACCGCUUAAGCUUAAACAGGGCUCGCACUAUUGACUGCGACAACAUUACCUGGAUGUUUGGAAACCGACAGUAGCGGAAACAAACCUAUUUAUUCACCUUUAUCAAAGGUAUUGAUUGUAUAAGAUUAUACUGCCACGUCGGAACCCCCAACAUAGCCACAUGACCUGACGUCCUCAUCAGACCGAGGCGGCCUCGCACAAGACCGAGGCAAUACCGCUUAAGCUUAAACAGGGCUUGCACUAUCGACUGCGACAACAUAACAUGGGUGUUUGGAAACCGACAGUAGUGGCAACAAACCUAUUUAUCCACCUUUAUCAAAGAUAUUGAUUGUAUAAGAUUAUACUGCCACGUCGGAACCCCCAACAUAGCCACAUGACCUGCCGUCCUCAUCAGACCGAGGCGGCCUCACACCAGACCGAGGCAAUAUCGUUCAAGCUUAAUAUAGUUUGGCAGUCAAAACAGAUGGCGUUGUACCGCUAUAUGUUUUGUAGACGCUGAUUUGUCAAAUUAACUUUUGGCAACCAGAGUUGCCGCAUAAUGUACGGAGCCAUACAGCGCCAUAUCAACUGGCAGAAUUGAAGCACGAAUUUUUCUUAGACCUGGUCGUUGCCGUCAUCAAUCUAAAUUCACAUUUUUGUCAAAGCGAAUGAUCGUUUGUUGUCAUGUUUAAAAAUAUGUAAGGUGCAAUAAAUGUAAUUUUACUUAUUAGAUAGAUAAAAUAAAUUAUCUUUCAACUUCUUACGCUUCCAUGUACGCGGAUCUGCAUUCCGGCAUACGAGCGCUUUAAUAUAAAACUUUUCAAACAUAUACUGUUAUAAAUAGAAUCAAAUUAAGUUCUUACUUCAUCGUAAGACUACGGUUAUAUGCAUUAAACUAAGUAAUUGUGGUAAAAGGAAGUAUUUAAUUUAGUUCAGCAAAAUCUCUAGAUAGUAAAUAGAGUUAGAAGACAGCUAUACUCACAGACAAGAUCCUCCAGACUGAGCAUAGUAGCUCUACCCCCUCUGCCACAAUAUACGGUAGUUUUACUCCAUUUUCGAGUCGAAAGUGUCUUUGUGUGACGUCCGUGUCUGAACGGACCAAUCACGGCACGGGACUCGCUCACCUCCUCCCCCGCACCCCAGUAUUUUUGGCAGCAUCGGUUUCAUGAAAUAAUUGCUCUAAACUCCGUCUAGAGGAUUCCUAGUCUAUGGCUAUACUAUACAGUUACGUACAGGCAUGAGUCAAGAGUACAGUCAUAUUCGAGAGGCAAUCUUGUACCUAAAUUGUAGAUCUGUGGUGCAAACUAGACAUGGGCCGAAUAUUCGGUAAUUAUUCGGUAUUCGGCAUAUUUUUCAAUGUUCGUAUUCGGCCGAAUCAUAGAAGGCAGGAUCCUAUAGAAGUGGUAUACGCGUCGCGUGCCUCCGUGAGAGACAAAACAUUCGCAAUGCGACACUAUGAUUGGUCGAAUUUAUUUGUUGCCCACCAUAAUCCAUACUACGGUGGGGAAUAAAAAAAUGUGAGACUGUGACAAGGACAAACAAUAAUAGCUCUUUCGCUGCUACUCCUACUGAAAGAUAUAUAAGACUAUCCUGUUCGGUUAUUUCUCCCCACCCCUCAUGCCUGAUCCAGUUAUAUACUAGAUUCAUGGGCCGAAUAGUUCGGUUCGAACAGCCGAAUAUUUACCGAAUAAACAAGUAUUUUUAAGGGCGUCCGCUACCUGGCGCGUAUGCGCUUCGCGGUCAGGCAUGAGACGGUUCCAUUUCUUUUCAUAAACAUUCCCGGCCGGUCCAGAGGGGAAAGGUCAAAAACACCUGUGGAGUGCAGAUCGUGGACUUGCAUGAACUUGUUUUCAGCGUUUUUGGCAGUUUUAGCCCAACCGAAUAUUCGGUUCGGUAUAAUCUGAACCGUUGGCCGAAUAUUCGUGUUCGACAAAGUCCAUAUUCGGCCCAUCUCUAGUGCAAACAUGCUCAAACAAAGUUGUGCUGACUGCUCAGAUUAUUUUGAAAACUUCUGCUGCUAACUGUACAUAUACUUUACGGUUAUA